AUGGAUUUUAGAGAAGUCGAUCUAGAAACGCCAGCUGGUACUUUGGCUGAUUCAUUGGCUCAAAUAUUUUUAAUGACAACUAAUAGCGAACUGCGACAGCAAGCUUAUCAGAUGGUUGGUGUUGAUAAUAAUCGUGAUUUUGCUCUCGCUGUCGAGGCACGUCUCAAUGAAUAUUUUCAAGGCAAACAGCGUAAACUGGAUCGAAGAUCAAUUUUGCAAAUACGGAAAGAGAAAGAUAAUGCAAGUAUAAUUUUGGAACACUUCUUGAAAACCGCAGGUCUACCUCCGGAUGCUGUAAAAAAGUUCUGCUCGAAGAAUUUAAGUACUCGAAUUAAAAUGCUCGAAAGAAAUGUAAAUCAAAGAAGCUUUUUAGAGAAUUAUCUGAUAGAGAUGGCGAAUAAUAACUCUUCGAACAUUGAUUCUUCUAUCCCUGGACGCCAAGAUCGGAGUAAACGAAAACAACUUGACUUUCUCAAAGCUGGUCCAUCUAUUAUUCGAGAUGAAUUUUCCGCUUCCAGUGAAGACGAAGUCUCGAAUAUGUUAUUAUCAAAGAAGCAAUUGUCAUCUCAAAGCAAAUCAUUUCAUUUUCCAGCUAAAGUGGAUAAGAGGGAUGAAAUUGGAAGGGAGAAGAAUCUAAAGCCUUCCUAUAAUUCAAUGGAUUUUGAUGAAUUUUCCGAUUUUAAUGAUGAAUUGGAGAUAGAAAAUCAUCCAAAGCUUGAUGCAAUGAAAACGAACGAGAAGAAUCAAUUUUCGAACUAUCUUGAUGCUGAAUUCUCAUCGUCCGAUGAUACUGAAUUUUCGUCAACUAAUGAUUCUGAUUUUCCACGGUCUAAAGAAGAAUCAGUAACGGCGUUCAAAAAUAUCCUGAAUAUCAGUUUCAUACCGGAUUAUUUUUUGAAGAUAGCAUUUCUGCAUUGGUAA